AUGACGACGGUUUCCGCCGCGUUCACCGCCGCCAAGUGCACCCCCCGCGCGGUCACGAGGUCCGCCAAGGGCCCCGCCGCCGCGCUGCGUGCCCCCGCCCGCCCCCUCGCGGCGACGGUGGGCAACCGCGCUCGCCUCGCCAAGAUCUCGCGCUCCGCCGCGCCGCGCUCCUGCGUGGUCCGCGCGCAGACCCCGAGCUGGCACCCCGACGCCAACCCCGCGGACGAGGAUCCCGACGCCCCGACCCCCGGCUUCGCCUCCAUCGACGAGGCCCUCGCCGAGGUGGCCGCCGGGCGCUUCGUGGUGGUGCUCGACGACGAGGAUCGCGAGAACGAGGGCGACCUCAUCGGCGCCGCCGAUAAGAUGACCCAGGAGAGCAUGCACUUCAUGAUCCGCCACACCAGCGGGUUGGUGUGCGUCGCCGUGGACGACGAGACCGCGGACAGACUCAACCUGCCCCUCAUGGUCUCCUCCAAGGAGAACGAGGACGCCAUGAAGACGGCGUUUACCGUGUCGUGCGAUCUGGUCAAGUCCACCACCGGGAUCUCCGCGGGUGAGCGCGCGGCGACCAUCGCGAGGCUCGGCGCCCCCGACGCGCACGCCGAUGAGUUCGUCCGGCCCGGCCACGUCUUUCCCCUGCGCUACCGCGAGGGCGGCGUGCUCAGGCGCACGGGUCACACCGAGGCUGCUUACGAUCUCUCCACCCUCGCCGGCUGCGGCCCCGCGGGCGUCCUCUGCGAGAUCGUGAACGACUCCGACGGCAGCAUGGCGCGCCUGCCCCAGCUCCGGGAGUUCUCCGAGAAGCACGGGCUCAAGAUGGUGCUCAUCUCCGACCUCGUCAGGUACAGGCGCAAGAGGCAGGCGCUGGUGGAGAGGACGGCGUCGGCGAGGGUCCCCACCGACCACGGGGAGUUCACCGCCGUCUCCUACAGGUCCAAGCUCGACGGCAUCGAGCACGUGGCGUUCGUGUACGGCGACGACGCGGACACCGUGUCCGGGGAUAACGUCCUGGUCCGCGUGCACAGCGAGUGCCUCACCGGGGAUAUCUUCCACUCCACCAGGUGCGACUGCGGCAACCAGUUGGACAUGGCGAUGAAGAAGGUUGCGGCUGAGGGGCGGGGCGUCAUCGUGUACCUCAGGGGGCAGGAGGGCCGUGGCAUCGGCCUCGGGCACAAGCUCCGCGCGUACAACCUGCAGGAUGAGGGCAGGGACACCGUGCAGGCGAACGAGGAUCUCGGCCUCCCCGUGGAUUCGCGGGAGUACGGGGUGGGAGCGCAGAUCCUUCAGGACCUGGGCGUGAGGACCAUCAGGCUCAUGACCAACAACCCGGCCAAGUACCACGGCCUCAAGGGAUUCGGCCUGACGGUCGUCGGCCGCGUCCCGCUCUUCGCCCCGAUCACCUUGGACAACAAGAGGUACAUCGAGACCAAGAGGGAGAAGAUGGGUCACAUGUUUGGGGACGAGAGCGACGAGUUCAACGCCGUGCCGGUGGAGGAGGAGGCGACCGAGGACGUGCCGGAGGAGGGCGUGCCGGUGUCGAGGUGA